UAGUCGGUGCUGGAAGCGGCCUUUCGUAGCGCUUCUCCUUUUUUUCCCCUUUUCUUUUCUUUAUUUUUCAUUUUUUUUUCCUUUUAUUCCGCCUGUUUUUCCUUACCGUUUUCUUCUCCUCCCUCCUCGUUCAGAUGUCCGCUGCGAAAGAGCAAGUGCAGGAGGAAAGGACAGUUUGAAUGCGGUUCUAGAUGGACCCGCGGGUGUCGGAGCUCUUCGGCGCCGGUUCCGCACUGAAGUGCGCGGCCCCGGGACUCGGCGCGGGAUAUGGGGGACCGGGAGCGAGCGCGGGGAGCGCGCUGGGUAUUGCCCCCAAGAAGACGGCGUCAAAGAACGGCAAGAAAGUGAAGGGCAGGGCGAGUCGGAACACGAAGCCGAACAACAACCCGCCGUACCUGCCACCGGAGGCUGAGGAAGGAAACAUAGAGUACAAACUAAAGCUGGUGAACCCCACACAGUACCGCUUUGAGCACCUAGCAACGCAGAUGAAGUGGCGGCUGCAGGAGGGGCGUGGUGAGGCCGUGUAUCAGAUUGGCGUGGAGGACAACGGUCUGCUGGUGGGUCUUUCCGAGGAGGACAUGAAGGCCUCUCUGAAAACCCUGCGCAGGAUGGCAGAGAAGGUUGGUGCUGACAUCACAAUCCUCAGAGAGAGAGAGGUGGAGUAUGAUUCUGACGUCCCACGACAGAUUGCGGAAGUCCUGGUUAGGAAAGUCCCGGAUGACCAACAGUUCCUGGACCUGCGCGUCGCAGUGCUGGGCAACGUGGACUCUGGGAAGUCCACCUUGCUUGGCGUGCUGACCCAGGGCGAGCUGGACAAUGGCCGAGGACGGGCACGGCUCAACCUCUUCAGACAUCUCCAUGAGAUUCAGUCAGGAAGGACUUCGAGCAUCAGCUUCGAGAUCCUGGGCUUCAACAGCAAAGGAGAGGUGGUCAACUACAGCGAGUCUCGUACCGCUGAGGAGAUCUGCGAGAGCGCGUCCAAAAUGAUCACCUUCAUCGAUCUGGCUGGACACCACAAAUACCUGAAAACCACAAUCUUCGGCCUCACGAGUUACUGUCCCGAUUUCGCUAUGUUGGUUGUCAGUGCCAACACUGGCAUCGCGGGCACCACGCGGGAGCACCUGGGCCUGGCCAUGGCUCUGAAGGUGCCCAUCUUCAUCGUGGUGAGCAAAGUGGACCUGUGUCCGCGGGGGACCGUGGAGCGCACCGUCCGCCAGCUGGAGCGCAUCCUCAAGCAGCCCGGCUGCAACAAGGUGCCCAUGGUGGUGGCCAGCGCGGACGACGCCGUCACGGCCGCCCAGCAGUUCGCCCAGUCACCGAGCAUCACCCCAAUUUUCACCCUGUCCAGUGUGUCAGGGGAAAGUCUAGACCUUCUGAAGGUCUUCCUAAACAUCCUGCCCCCCCUGAGCAACAGCAAGGAGCAGGAGGAGCUCAUGCAGCAGCUCACAGAGUUCCAGGUGGAUGAGAUCUACACGGUGCCGGACGUGGGAACUGUGGUCGGAGGAACUCUAUACAGUGGGAUCUGCCGCGAGGGUGAGCGCUUGGUGGUGGGGCCCACAGACGAGGGCCACUUCCUGGGGCUCAAGGUGUGCAGCAUCCAGAGGAAUCGCUCAGCCUGCAGGGUGUUGAGGGCCGGUCAGGCCGCCACUCUGGCACUGGGCAACUUCGACCGCUCGCUCCUCCGGAAGGGCAUGGUUAUGGUGAGCCCAGAAAUGAACCCCACCAUCUGCUGGCUCUUUGAGGCAGAGAUUGUGCUGCUGUUCCACGCCAAGACCUUCCGCAGGGGCUUCCAGGUGACUGUGCACGUGGGUAACGUGCGACAGACGGCCACCGUGGAGCGCCUGCACGGAAAGGAGGAGCUCCGCACAGGAGAGAAGGCUGUGGUGCGCUUCAGGUUCAUCAAGCACCCGGAGUACCUAAAGGUGGGCGCCAAGUUGCUCUUCCGGGAGGGGGUCACCAAGGGCAUCGGCCACGUCACCAGCCUGCAGCCUGUCUCCCACUACCAGCACGACUCCUAGAGAGUGUCUUGAAGCAGAGCGGGAGGGACACGCCCAUUCCCUUAAUUCCUACCCUGUUUUCCACUACUCCUCUCUCAUUGGCUCUCCCUGAGGGUUGGCCUUUAUUUCCAUUUGUUUGGUUGCCUCUGAAGCAUUGCCAAGCUCACCCUUAGCCUUUUAAAGGAAGUUGCAUUUCAAAGCAGCUGUGAUUUAGGCUUUAGAUUUCAGGGUCACUCAUUAUUCUUUGCUUUUCCCUUCUUCAUGAAUGGAUCACUAUAGAUCAUGAACCAGCAAGGGGUCGUACUCAAAGGCAGGUGUGCCAGUGAACUGGCGGCACGCGUUAAGAUGCGUAGGUGAGACUUGGCGUUUUGGCACAGUUGAUCUGGACUCGUGUUUAACAUUUCAGAUGCAUUAGAAGCCAGAACGCUGAUCAGCACUCACCCGGUGCACAACUGAUGCGUAUUGAGGCUUCGGUCCAAAAGUAGCGAACCGGACGAGUGCAGGGCGAGGGGGAAGCUCUGGAGAGCACCUUCUGUCCUUGGCUGUUGGACACGUUUACAGUAGUGAAGAGGGUGCGUGGCAGACUCUCAACGGCAGCUAGCGGCGGUGUGCCCGAGCCUCCUCAGCAGGCCCAGCUGGUUCACCCAGCGUCCGGUCAGCAGUCCUUCUCCUCAGCUAGGAGGCUGACCUGACGCUCUUCUCCUGAGAGCCUCCAACACUCGUUACCGAUGAGCUUGAGGCCAAGCAGCCCGGACAGCAGGCCAGGGACUCGCACUACGGAAUUGAGGAAUUCUACCAAUGUUCACCAGCUCUUGCUGUCAUGUAUCAUGUACCGCGAUCGUUGCCUUCGAAACGUCCAGACUGCGGAGCAGAGAGCAGUUUCUCCCACUUCUGUCAAGCGCUUUCGUCGCCCACAGAGCAAGUUUUAACUCGUUAUACCGCAUUCCAUGGUAAACUUCUGGACGAUCGGCUCUUGACCUUCUCCACUCAGAGCACCGAGGGAGAGGUGGGAUGUCAACUUCUGAGUCCCGGCGGCUCGGAGGAGUUGGCGACCUUGGCUGCGAGUGCAGGGCCACCUUUUCCCCUCCUUGCUGACAUCACCGGAUCGAUUGACAUAAAAACUCAGUGCCUACCAAAGAGGAGCUUUUUAAAAUUUUUUAAUGCACCCCAACAUUUUGGAACUUUUUUUAAACUUGAUUUGGUGCUACUCUUUGAAAUUUUUAUUAAUGUAGUUGUGAUGCUAAAUAAUAAAUAGGGACAGUGUUUGGUAAUGAACACCAUGUCCAGGGGUGUUUUCAGCUGUGUCAUUAGUGUGUACAUUCGAUGCAUGCUUAUGAGUGACAGGAGCUCAGCUCACUGAAAAGUUACAAACAAACUAAUGCAACAAGCCCUCCCGAGAAGAGACAUUUAAAACAGUGUGUUUUCCCUGUCUGUUCCUGCAAUAUUAUCUGUGGUUUUGUGCAAUUCAGUGGAAGGGUAAAAGAAUGUAAACAAACCAAAACAUUGUUUUAAAGAACAGUAUCAAACAUUAAGGCUGUUCUGUCACGUGUGUUCACGUUUUUUCGUUUAUGAAUUUGUAGUUUUUUUUUUUUUUUUUUGUAACUUUGUCUUCUCUCCUCUACAACUCCAGCACUUGCUGCACAGGCCUGCACUGCAACACAUCAUUUUUACUCACCCCCAGUGCAGGUGUCCUUCAGAGACAUUGUAAUAUUUUAAUCCUUGAGUGAAAUAAGGUUUAUGUACAAUUCAAGUUUGUAUAUUAUGUUAUAUAUUAAAUCUUUAUUAUGGA